AUGGCUAAUCCACGGCAGCGUCGUAAAGCAAAAUCAUCGACGCACAGAGCGGUAUCCCAUUCACGGCGUGCAAAGAAGAUCCUGAAGAAGAUGCCAGUGAUACGAGGUCCAAAAGCCUUGCAGGACGCUUGGGAUAAAUCAAAGACAGUUCGCCAGAAUUAUGCUGCCCUGGGACUUCAGCUCGCUUUGACCCCCACUCAGUCGGGCGGCUCAGAGCGUACAACGAUCCCUUCAAAAGAUCCAGCCACCGCUGGGUCAGUCUCUGGUACCGCUAAAUCAGUCGAGGCUGGUCCUUCGACUGCAUCAUCCAUUCCCAGAGGGUUUGGAAGGAUCAUUCGAGAUGCAUUUGGUAAUGUGAUGCGGGUUGACCUUCCUGAAUCCGAGGAGAUCGAACACAGCGUACAAAACAACCAGCUCCCAGAAGCGGAUGUAGAUGCGAGAACUAUGGACGAUUGGGUCGGCUGGUCUUCCUCGCCAUUCGCGCGGGGAACACAUCCCGUUACUGGUGAGUUGUUGGAGAAACUGUCGGCCUCGGGUAGGGCACUGCCGCGACACUCGUCAUGUGGAGAAAGAUCAUACCUCGCACGUUUGGUCCAAAAAUAUGGCGAUAACUAUGGAAGUAUGGCGAGAGAUCGCCGACUUAAUCCUGAACAAAAGACAGUGGGUGAGCUAAAAAGGGCGGUCGAAAAGGCGGGUGGGGUGAAGUCAUUCUCCUGA